GGCGGUAAGAACCGUCGUCGCGGAAAGAACGAGAACGACAACGAGAAGCGUGAACUCGUAUUCAAGGAAGAAGGCCAGGAGUAUGCGCAGGUCGUGAAAAUGCUCGGCAACGGCCGUCUGGAGGCUCUCUGCUUCGACGGCGAAAAGCGCCUCGCACACAUCCGUGGCAAGUUGAGAAAGAAGGUCUGGAUUAACCAGGGCGAUAUCAUCCUUCUCUCGCUACGUGACUACCAAGACGAAAAGGGCGACGUCAUCAUGAAGUACACCGCCGACGAGGCCAGAAGUCUGAAGGCCUACGGCGAGCUGCCCGAGCAUGCCAAGAUCAACGAAACCGACACCUAUGGUCACGAAGGUUUCGAGGACAACGUCGAGUUCGACGAGGACCGCGAUAGCGAAGAAGAGAAGGACGUCGAUAUCGACGAGCUCUAA